AAUUCUUCUUAAAAUGUAUUCGUUUGAACGAUGGACUUCAUGUACACACUGAUACGAUUUUCUAAAACGUUUGCAAGGAUCUCCAACAGCUGACAUACUGCCAUUAUACUUUUUAAAACGACGUUCUUUUAUAAGGUCUUUAAAAUCCCGUAUCCCAAAUCCCCUACAUACCCCUGUCUGGAACUAGUAGGCGCGUGGAUAUUCUUAAAGAGGUUGUUAGGUAUUUGUAGUGAAAGUGUUUCUUAUUGUAUGUGAAAGUGAAUUUUGUGGCUAUGUAAGUGACAUAAGUGUCGAUGACAAAUACGCAAAGAAACUACUAACUACGUCCAAAAUGGCACAGGACUCCGACGAUAUAAAUUUAACUAAUCAAGAACUGCAGGUGCUGUCGGAACUUGACAGUCGGCAGUUUGGGUUCUUGAAGUUAAACACGCCAGAACAAGCAAAGAAGAAAGAACUUGUUUUGAAGGCCGUGAAAUAUUUAGAGAGAAUGUUAGUUCAGGCCCAGAAUCAGAAAGAACGUAGUAAACACAUAGAGAAAGAUGACACAUUAAUCCAGAAAGAGAUAAAUAUUGAUCCUAAAACAUACUGCAAAUUGGGCCACUUUCAUCUCUUGCUUGAAGAUUAUGCAAAAGCCAUGUCAGCAUAUCAGAAAUUCUUCGGUCUGAAAUCUGAUUACUGGAAGGACGCAAAUUUCUUGUACGGGCAAGGUCUGGUUUAUUUCCACUUCAAUGCAUUCCAGUGGUCACAAUUUUUGCAAUUUAACACUAGGCCGUCACAGAAUGUUUGGACUACGGGCCACACGUCGACUCGCGUCUUCUGAGCCGGCGAAGCUCCCGUUAGUGCACGCCAAACGACGUACCUAGGAAGCAAGUUGCUGCUGCUUUAGCAAGAUGGAGCAGCCUUCCAAAAUAUUUUGACUGAAUAAUUGAAUUGUUUUAUUCUUUAUAAUAUGCUUUAUAAAUGUACAGAUUUUAGUCUAUUGUUUAUCAAUUGUAGUUGACAGGAAAAUUUUGAAAUUUGUGGUAAGGUCUUAUGGGACCAAACUGUUGAUGUCGUCGGUCCGUAAGCUUACGCACUACUUGAUCUAACUUAAACUAACUUACGCUAAAGACAACACACACA